CAGUAAGUGAAGUGGUAGAAGAAGACUACUGAAGGCAUGGGGUCUGUAACCGAUGAUGAAGUCAUUCGAAAGCGUCUUCUUAUCGACGGCGACGGAGCUGGGGAUGAUCGGAGAAUCAAUUUGUUGUUAAAAACCUUCACCAAGUGGUGCAACUCGCCUGGGACACCGGAUGAAAGCAGCUUCACACAGUACCAGAGGAUGCUGGGUACAUUGGCCCAAUGCGAAUUCUCCUUGGGAAAGACCCUGAUGGUUUAUGAUAUGAAUCUGAGAGAAAUGGAGAAUUAUGGGAAAAUCUACUCAAAUAUAGAACAAAAUAUAACUUCGGCACACGAGAAGAUAGCGGAAUGCAAAAAGGAAAUCCAGAGAGCAAAGCGAGUAAGAAAGAACCGCCAGGAAUAUGAUGCUCUAGCAAAGGUUAUUCAGCACCACCCUAAUCGUCACGAAACACUCAAACAAUUGGAGGCACUUGACAAAGAACUCCAGCAAUUGUGUAACAUCAAGGAGAAUGUGGAUGCAAAGUUGGAACUACGGAAGAAACAGUUCCAUGUACUACUCAGUACCAUACAGGAACUACAGCAGACCCUUGAAAAUGAUGAGAAAAUGGAGACUGAUGAAAACAAUCAGCAGAGCCCGUCAGAGAGCGCUGAAUGAGGAUUUGUUUUAUUUAGAAUCAGUUGAACCAAUUUUGUAUGUUAUUUUUUCUGUAUUUUUAAAUAAAUAUGAAAAAUACUGUCUCUUUUAA